AGAAUUAAAAUUUUUUUUUUGCUGUUUUUGGUUGAUAUUUUAACCCCUUGGAACCGGAUCCGAGGAUCCGCAUAUUUAUGUGGAUCCGGAUCCUGAGCACUGUAAAAAACGAGGUUUGCAGAUUAAUCAGCUUCAGAUGUUGCAACUUCAGCAGGGUCUCGUUAAAAGACAUAUUAAAAAGUGGGCACAUUUGAGAUAUUCCUGUUGUCACUGUGAUUAUGCUGCAACUACAGUAGGAUUUCUGACGAUUCAUAUUAAAAAUAAGCACCAAGGAAUAAGAUAUCUAUGCCCUAAAUGUGAUAAUGUUGCAACUUCAGCAAAGAGUCUGAAGAGACCAGAUCAAAGUAAGUAGGAAGUAGUGUGAUUUCCGUACUCUGAAUGUGAGUAUGCAGCAACUACAAAAGGUGCUUUGAAACUUAUAUCUUGAAAUUAAACAUAAUACGUGAGAUAUCAUGACCAAAAAAUGAAUAAGUCAAGUAUUUUUCUGAAUUUUUGCGCAGAUGAAUUAUUUCGUAAAGUCGUCAUUUUGAACAGCGAUACCAAGCAUGGUAGAUGAGCGCUGUUUUACACUUAAGAUAUCAUCUCGAUAGAUUUGAUAUUAGAAAUUUGCAAACUCACUCUUUAGAAAGUGAACGGAAGUAAGUUAAUCUUAUUUUUUGUCAAAUAAUUAAGCAGGGAGUUGUUCUGUGUUUUACAUAAUUAGGCCAGAUCUUCUUGAAUUAGAUUAUUUAUCAAACCUUUCUUUAAACAUGCUUCUAUAUUUCAGAUAGAAUGGCUGAGAAUAGAAAUGAAGAACUUUUGAUAAAUGACGAGUUUUGUCCUUCCUACAGUUUAAAGGAAUCGCAUCUUGGCGAUGUUGAAAGGAAAAAUACACCAAUUUUAGUUUCAGGCGGGAAUUUUAAAAAUAGAACACCUGAAAGACAACUAAAAGAAUUUGAGAAGAGCAAAGAAAUUAAAACUAUUUCCAUCAAGAAAGGAACUCCUUCAUGUUCUUCUUUACAAGAUACUUGUACAGUUUAUGUACAGGGAGAGGACAUCAAGAUGAAAGAAGAAAACUUGGAUCUCGGUUUUGAUCCUUUGCAAUCAGAAUCAAGGAGAAUCAGCUGCCCUAAAUUUGACUUCGACGCACUUGAAGAAAUUUAUCAGACGAAACCUGUUAAAAUUAAUGGAGUAUUGAGAUUUCCUUGCCCUCGUUGUGAAUAUGCUGCAACUUUAGCAGGAAAUUUAAGAAAACAUUUUGAGAGUAAACAUAUUGGAAUUCGAUAUCAUUGUUCUAAAUGUAAGUUUGUUGCCACUCAAGCUUGCAAAUUGAAGAUUCAUGUUGAAAAUGUACAUGAUGGAGUAAGACAUCCCUGUUCUUAUUGUGAGUAUGCUGCAACUAGUGCAAGUAGUCUGCAGAUACAUGUUAAAUAUAAACAUGUACGAGAAAAAAUUAAAUAUCCAUGUACUCAGUGUGAACUAUCUGUCUCUUCACCAGGUGCCUUGAAGACACACGUUAAAAAUAAACAUGAAGGAGUCAGAUUUUCUUGCUCUAAAUGUGAAUUUACUGGAACUACAUCAAGUCAUCUUAAAGUGCACUUAAAGAAUAAGCAUGAAGGACUAGCAGUGAAAUAUGCAUGUUCUAAAUGUGAUUAUGCUGCAAGUAUUAAACGUGAUCUUAGAAGACAUGUUGAAACAAAGCAUGAAGGGGUUAGAUAUCUUUGUUCUGAUUGUGGGUUUGUUGCUACUACAUCAAGUUAUCUGAAAAUCCAUGUGGAUGGUAAACAUAAAGGAGUGAAUUAUCCUUGUUCUGAUUGUAAAUAUGUUGCAUCUUUAAAAGUAUGUCUGAAAAGACACUGCCAAAGUAAACAUCAGAGAAAUUAAGGAUUUCUUCAAAUUAACAUAUUUUAAUAUUUCAGAUUAUAAGUAUAAAAGUAGAAAUUAUUAUGGAAGAAAAAGAAAUAAAAGAAGACGAUAUUUGUCAACCCCCUCAUUUAAUGGAAGCGUGUAUUCGGGAUAUGAAGGAAGAUAAUGUUAAAAUGGAAAAUGCUGAAAUAAAAGAAGAAUUGAAGAUUGAAAAAGAAGCAGGUUCCAUCAAAGUAGAAGUUCUUCCAUGUUCUACUUUAGAAGAUACAUGUACAGUUUAUGUACAGGGAGAGGACAUCAAGAUGAAAGGAGAAAGCCUGGAGCAGAGAUUUGAUCCUCCGUGGUCUAAACCAAAAAGAAACCAGAGAAGAAGAAAGGAGCACCCUUGUGAUGAUUGUGAGUAUGUUGCAACUCGACCAAGUCUCCUAAGAAUGCAUGUUGAAAGUAAACACAAAGGAGUAAGAUAUCCAUGUUCUAAAUGUAAGUAUUCCGCCACUUCAGCAGCUCAUCUAAAGAUACACAUUAAAAAUAAACAUGAAGGAAUUAGACAUCCAUGCUCUGAAUGUGAUUAUGUUACAACUACAGAAGUUUAUCUGAAGCAACAUGUUGAAAAUGAGCAUGAAGGAAUAAGGUAUCCUUGCUCUUCUUGUGAAUAUGCUGCAACUUCAGCAGGAAAUUUAAGGAUUCAUGUUGAAAAUGUACAUAUUGGAGUGAGAUUUCCAUGUUCUGAAUGUGAUUUUGUAGCCACUCAAGGAAGCUAUUUAAAGGUUCACAUUGAAAGUAUACAUAGAGGAAUCAGAUAUCCGUGUUUUCAUUGUGAGUAUACUUCUACAACAGCAGGAAAUCUAAAGCAUCAUGUAAAAAGUAAACAUGAAGGAUUUAGUUAUCCAUGCACUCAGUGUGAUUUUUCUGCAUCUCAAUCAGGUGCCCUGAAGAUACACGUUAAAAGUAAACAUGAGGGACUCGGAUUUCCUUGCUCUAAAUGUGAUUUUAUUGGAAAUACAUCAAGUCAUCUUAAAGUGCACGUUAAUAAUAAACAUGAAGGAGUUAGAUAUCCCUGUUCUAAAUGUGAGCAUGCUGCAACUAAUGAACGUGAUCUUAGAAGACAUGUUGAACGUAAGCAUGAUGGAGUGAAAUAUCUGUGUUCUGAAUGUGGGUUUUCUUCAACCGCAGCAAGUUAUCUAAAGGUCCAUGUUGACAGUAAACAUAAAGGAGUAAAAUAUCCUUGUUCUAAGUGUGAUUAUGUCGCAACUACUAGCAGAAGUUUGAACAGACACUCGAAAAGUAAACAUUUGUAGAGCAUAUACAAUUAAUGUAUUAAAAUAUGUCCACUAAUUUAAUUUUAUUAGAAACACACUUAAGGGCCCGGCAUUGCCCGUGGGAAAAAAAUUUGAAAAAAAUAUUUUAAAACAAAUACAGAAAAAAAAAUUUCGAAUUUUUUUAGCCUAUAACAUCCUCUGCCACCCAUGAGUAUCCACAAAAAAAUCAACCCAAUCGGUCCAGCCGUUUGGCCGGCUAAACGCAACAUAUAUAUAUACACGAAUGUCUUGUAUUAUUAUAUAGAUAUUAUCAUAUUUCUCUUUCAUUAACGAAAUUUAGCAGCAUCGGUAACAAGAUAUACCAGUUUUCUAUCUUGAUACUCUUAGAUAUAGAACUAGUUAAUAUCACAUCUAAAUAGCAUAUUCUUAUAUUUCAGA